AUGGCUUUCACGAAUGGCGACGGUGACUUGUUCCAGAUGGACCGGGAGCGCUUCGACUUCAGCCUGCAAUUCGAACAGCUCUUCUUCUCCAUCAUCCCGUCGGCCUUGUUCAUCGUAUCAUCACUAUGGCGCACGCUUUCCCAGGCACGGAAGCCCACCGUCAUUCAUGCUCCUGUCUUCCAAUACAUCAAAUUAGGUGCCAUCGUGAUCUACAUCGGACUUGAACUCACACUCCUCGUCUUGGCGGCGAUUGGGAGUGUCUAUACAACGUCGAUAUUUAUGGUCUCGUCUGUGCUGAAACUGGUGGCCACGCUUCUCAUGACAACCAAUAUCGACUACUCUAAGCUUAAGGGCGACAAGUACGGCCUUUUAAAGGCCUUACUCAAGACUCUAAAGUUUUAUCUCUUGAUACCUAUCCUUCCGCGUCUGGCGCAGCUUGCAUUCACAUUCAGUCAGCCAUUCUUCAUCGAGAAGCUACUCGAGUAUCCCCAUCAUCGGAUGCGUGCCAUGGCAAGGUCGAUUCUCGUCACCGAAACGUUCAUCAAAGCCACCGAGGCCCAAAUAGGGGCUGACGAGCACAGCGCUGCGGUGACUCUAAUGAGCACCGAUAUCGAGCGCAUCAAGCUGGGAUUCAGAAUGAUCCACAACGUCUGGGCCGGCAUUAUUCAGGCGGCGCUGGCUGGUUGGAUGCUGUAUAUUCGCCUGGGGGCCGUGUUCGCGGUGCCUAUUGGAAUCGUCACCUUCUGCUUCCUCUGCAUUGGCGUCCUCCUGAACUUCACAGGCGACUCGCAGAGGUCCUGGAUGGCAGGAGUUGAGAAGCGCGUCGGUCUGACGGCCGCUGUUAUCUCCAGUAUGAAGAACCUAAAAAUCUCUGGCCUCUCAUCCACAGUUGGGGACUUCGUGCAGAAGCUCCGCGUCGAGGAGCUCGCGGCCGGAGCACGAUUCCGCAAGAUAUUCAUCCUCGCCGCGCUCUGUGGCUUCACGCCCAUGCUGCUCAGCCCGCCAUUGACAAUUGGGUUCAGUCAGAACACUCUUGAUACCCAGACGGUAUUCUCAAGUCUUUCAUUCCUUGUGCUGCUUACCAAUCCUCUGUCACAAAUCUUCCAGGCUCUCCCUGAGAUCAUUUCCGGUCUGGCCUGCAUUGGCCGAAUCCAAGCUUUCUUAGAGUGCGAAACCCGACAUGAUUUUCGGCGAGUUCUUGGUGAUCGCGGAUACGAUUUGAGGUCCGAGUCUUCGGGCCAGACCACGGCUACGGGCGCCGAAAUGAGCGAGAAAAGCACCCGGUCUGAUGAUGCAGUAGAGAACGAAGAUGUCUCCCCUGAGGCAAAACUCGAGUCGCAAGAUCCGGCUAUUCUUGUCCAGAAUGGAAAUUUCGGCUGGGAGGCAGAUACCUUAGCAUUGCAAGAUAUCAAUGUUCGAAUCGGCAAGUCCUCGCUUACUAUGGUGGUUGGACCCGUUGGCUCGGGCAAGUCCACACUCUGCAAGGUACUACUUGGCGAAAUUCCCGUCAGCAAAGGCAGUGUUGUGCUAGGCACGCGUUUCCCCCAUAUCGGAUUCUGCGAUCAAACGGCCUUCAUCUACAACGGGACGAUUAGGGACAACAUUAUCGGCUUCUCUCCUCUUGAUGAAAAGAGGUAUGCUGAAGUUGUCAAGGCUACAGCUCUGGCUUACGAUCUUAGUGUCCUCGCGCAGGGUGACAGGACGGUUGUCGGGUCUGACGGGAUUAUGCUGUCCGGCGGCCAAAAACAACGCAUUUCUCUAGCGCGAGCCCUCUAUCUGCAGUCUGAUCUUCUUGUAUUGGACGACAUCUUCAGCGGCCUGGACGCGGAUACUGAGCAGGAAGUGUUCCGCCUUACCUUUGGGCCUAAAGGUCUUCUGAAGCAGAGACGCUCUACCGUCGUAUUAUGCACGCACAGCGUGAAGUACCUCCCAUCAUCAGAUCACGUUAUAGUACUCGAAGAUGGUAGAGUGGUCGAGCAGGGAGACUACGAGAGCCUGAUGACCGGCCGGGGUUAUGUUGAGCGCCUAGGCUUCAAAGCCUCUUCAGAUCGCGAUUCUGAAUCGGGCGAGGUGAAACCCACAGACAGCACGACUGAACCGCAGCCACAACAGUCUAGUGUGACGGCGGCGAGGCCGGCUGCUGUUGCCGUGCAUACAGAACAGUCUCGUCAACUUGGUGAGAGGACGGUAUUCAAGCACUACUUCAAGAGCAUGGGCUGGAUACUUGCGGCCUUCUGUCUCUUCUUUGCUGCUCUCUGGGGUUUCUUCACCAAUUUCCCAACAGUCUGGCUCUCCUUCUGGACUGACGACCUCGAUUCUGAGUCCCCCGAACACUCCCAGACAUACUACGUUGGAAUCUACAUCAUGCUGCAGGUCAUGGCCAUGAUCUCGUUGCUGCUCCUUGGAAUCUUGAUCUUCAUCGUCUCGGUGAAACGAGCUGGCGCUAAUCUGCACCAAGAAACUCUACGGACAUUGAUCCACGCGCCCCUCCAUUACAUCACCAGGACGGAUGCUGGGGUCAUCACGAAUCUCUUCUCGCAAGACUUGAAUCUUAUCGACACCGAGCUACCGGACGCCUUGUUGAACACACUCUUUUGUCUCUCCCAAGCCAUCGGACAAGCGGCGGUCAUGCUUACUUCGUCUGCAUACCUGGCCAUCAGCUACCCAUUCAUUGCGGUCGUGUUGUACGCGAUACAGAAAUUCUAUCUCCGGACUUCGAGGCAACUGAGGCUGCUUGACCUCGAGACCAAGAGCCCUCUCUACACCCACUUCAUUGACACCCUCAAGGGCAUUACCACCCUGAGAGCUUUCGGUUUCAUCCCCAAGGAUAUCACCAAGAACGCCCACCUAUUGGAUUCGAGCCAGAGGCCAGCCUACCUCCUGGUCAUGAUCCAGGAGUGGCUGAAUCUUGUUCUCGACCUGUUGGUGAUGGUGAUGGCGACGGUCCUAACCACUCUCGCCGUCCGGCUCCACUCUAGCGCUGGCUUUGCGGGUGCCUCGUUGGUGACCCUGCUGAGUCUCGGGGAGAAUCUGUCCGGAUUUGUGAUCUAUUUUACCAGGCUAGAGACUUCGAUCGGGGCGAUAGCCAGACUUAAAACCUUCAACGAGACGGUCAAGCCCGAAGAGAGAGACGACGAGGAUAUCUUCCCUGCCGCCUCCUGGCCGCAGCAUGGUGCAGUCGAGUUUGAGGGUGUCUCGGCGAGCUAUCAUGUGGGCAGCCAAUACGGAAACGAAGACGAAAAUGAAGAUGACGACAACCUUUCCAACUUAGCCCUCCGCGACAUUCGCCUGGCCAUCCAACCAAGAGAGAAGGUGGCCAUCUGCGGUCGUACGGGCAGUGGCAAGUCGAGCCUCAUCGCCCUGCUCCUCAAACUUCUCGACCCCCUGCCGACGAAGCCAGGGCACGUUGUACUCGACGGGGUACCACUCAAGAAUGUGGAUCGGACCACGCUCCGCCAGCGAAUCAUCGCGGUACCCCAAGAAGCCGUCUUCCUGCCGGACGGCACCAGCUUCCGGGCCAACUUGGACCCAGCGGGUGAGUCGACGGCGGAGGAAUGCGAGGCUGUCCUCGCUGCCGUGGGCCUGUCGAGGUUCGUGCAAGAGCGCGGGGGCCUCGACUCGGGCAUGAGCGCGGGGACGCUGAGCGCGGGGCAGCGGCAGCUCAUGUCGCUGGGGCGCGCGGUGCUGCGGCGCCGCAUCCGGAGCCAAGGCAGCGGCGGCGGCGGGGUCCUGCUGCUCGACGAGGUGAGCUCGAGCGUGGACGUGGACACGGAGCGGGCGAUCCAGAAGACGAUCCAGGCCGAGUUCGAGGGCUACACGGUGAUCGCCGUCAGCCACCGGCUCGACAUGAUCAUGGACUUCGACCGCGUCGUCGUCAUGGACAAGGGCGAGAUUGUCGAGGUGGGCCAGCCGAGGGCGCUGGCGGACACGGCGGGGACCCGGUUCGGCGGGCUGGUGAACUCGGGGGCCAAGUGA